AUUUGUUGGAUGGGGUGCUCAGUAGUGAGUUUAACCCUUUAUGAAUUUACUUUCUCAGAUAAACUGGAGUGGUCAAACUGAGGAUGCAAGGAGCCCUAUCUGUCUCCACCUAGAUUAGAAAUUGCUCAUCCAUGUUCAUCUCUAUGAGCUAACAAGUUGUGGAGAACCUGAAGAUGCAGUAGUUGAAGCAUGAAAGUGGAAGGAGUGAUCCCCCCUCAAAGUUGCUCUACUCUCUCUUGAUUUGGAUUUUUGAGUUUUCUGUUUCUUUUAUAUUCUCUCAUUGGAAUCAGAAACCCCCACCAUGUACACUGAUUCAGAUUCUAUGAGAAGUCUAUCUUGGAGGUUUCAAUUUUUUUUCUUCUUACAACGCUUGACGAUUCAACAAAAUGGCAAAGCAUUGAUGCCCCAAUACCAAGUUUCAAGGUGUUCGGAAUUGCAGUCAAUGGGAUGUUCGGAGCUAGCCGUUAAGUUCAAGGAGUUGGCUCAAGCUUAUGAGGUUUUGAGAGAUCUUGACAAUCGUCAAAUCUAUGAUCAAUAUGGAGAAGAUGCGCUUAAGGAAGGAAUGGGUGGAGAUGCCGGUGCCCAAGACCCGUUUGACAUAUUCCAGUCUUUCUUUGGUGGUGGUGGUAGCAGCAGAGGCCGAAGACAAAGAAGGUGUCGCACUCUUCAAUCCAUAUUUUUGGUGUUCAGUGAUAUUCCCUUUGUUUGAUGAAUUCCAGUGAAGGGUCAAAAUCUGGCGCUGUCAUGAAAUUGGGAAUGAAUGUAUCGAUCAGGCACCUUGGUCCUUCCAUAAUCCAGCAUAUGCAACACCAAUGUAAUGAGCGCAAGGGCAUCAGAGAGACCAUCAGUGACAAAGACAGUUGUCCCCAAUGCAAAGAUGAGAAGGUUGUAAAGGAGAAGAAGGUGUUGGAGGUUAUUGUUGAGAAGGGAAUGCAGAAUGGACAGAGGAUUACUUUCCCAGGGGAAGCUGAUGAACCGAUACUUAAGCGGACUCUCUUCUCCUCCAUUGUGUUUAUUUUCCUUGGUGGUUAUUUUUCUAAAAAACAUUUGGAAAUACUAAUGCAGUGAUCUUAUGAUUGGCAAUGUUAUGUAGACUGAUACCGUCACAGGAGACUUAGUAUUUGUUCUACAGCGGAAGGAGAAUCUCAAGUUUAAGUGGUAGGGAGACGAUCUCUUCUAUGAGCACACCUUGUCCCUCAAAGAAGCGUUGUGUGGCUUCCAGUUCAUAUUGACUCACUUGGAUGGAAGGCAACUCCUCAACAAAUCUAACCCAGAAGUCGUCAAAAUUGAUCAAUUCAAGGUGAUCAACAAUGAGGGUAUCCCAAUGUACCAGAAGAAUUUUAUGAGGGAGAAACUUUACAUUAACUUCACAGUAGAGUUCCCUGAAUUAUUGACACACCUGAGUAGUGCAAGGCAUUAGAGGCUAUGCUUCCACCAAAGACGGACAUGGAGCUGUAUUGAAACUCUCUAUACAGGCCACAUGUAAAAUAUGUUGCUCACCUUGAGUAUAUGAUCCACCAAGGGGCUGGCAUAUCUUACAGGUUAGGUGGAUGAGAUUGGCGCAAUCUUUACCAUGACUUUUGUUUGGGAUUCUUGAGCCCGAGUUCAGCCUAUAAAACUUAUUUAAACCCAUACACAGGCUUGUAUUUUGUCAUGCAGGGUCAGAUUUAGAUGGUUUUAUUAAUUUCUGCAAGGUUAAAAAAAUCCUAUUUAUUUAGAAUAAAUUUUGAAUUCUACUAUCUAAUUCUGAUACUAAUAGGAUACAAGACUAUUGAUCCAUGUAUUAUAUGGCAUUUUCAAUCUAACAAUAGUGACAUAGCCAUAACACUCAAAUUUGGACUGUUAAAGGGUCAAUUCUAUUAUAUGCUCCGAUGACCAAGAGUCUAUAAAUGCAUAUAAAAUUUGAAAGCAGCUGCUUUAUGGAAUUUAUAAAUAACAACCAAGAGUCUAUAAAUGAGUUUUUUAAAUGAAUCCACCAUAUCCCUUGUCUAUGUUUUCAUUUUAACCUCAAUGAUAGUGUAAU